AUGCCGCUGGUGAACGAUGACGCCGUGGCGUUUGUCGAUCUAUCAUAUCCGCACGAGAACUUGACGGUUCCUCCGUCGCGCCCCCAUCUAUCCUAUCCAAGAUCCACCGCAUCUCGAGCUCACCAUGGACCCCUUCUUCGCCGCCGACGACGGCAGCGCCACGGACGACCUCCAGCGCACCGCCUCCCACCCUUCGACGACACUGAAGACGACACCACCGACGCCGUGGCGGCCGACGGCAGCGCGGGAGGGUACACCUCCUUCGUGGACGCCGGGUACACCUCCUUCGUGGACGCCGGGUACCCCUCCUUCGCCGACGCCGGUCCCGAGGAGGAGGAAGAGGAGGUGGUGGACGAGGAGAUCGCCGCGGACUCCGACGGCGCUGCGGUCCCCGUCCGCUACGUCUCCGGCGGGUACGCUCCCUCGCCCUUCUUCCCCGACUCGGACUUCAGGGGCGGGGACGACGACGGCCCCGUCCUGCCGCCGCUCGCCGAGAUGGGCAGGGAGGAGGGCGCCCUCCUCUGCGAGUGGCGCAGGGAGCUCCUGAAGAAAGAACGGUUGAAAGAGAUGGAAACAAGGAAAAUAGAGGUGGAACAGAAAACCGCCGCGGCAGCAGAGGAUUCAGACAAGUCAGAGAGCAAGAAGGUGAGUUCAGAUAACAAAGAAAACAAUUCAGAGAAGGUGGAUUCAUCAGAUAGAAAAGAGGGCAGUUCAGAAAGCAAAGAGGAUAGUUCAGAAACCAAGGCUGAAGGUGACAAGGAAGCAUUCAUCGACCUUAGGCCACUGACGAUGGAAGACCUGAGGCAGGCCAAGAAUCAGGUUGCAGUGAGCUUUGCCGCGGAGGGUGCCGUCAUGAACAAACUGAAGCAGUGGUUCCAUGCAUGGCCAACCCACACUCAUCAACAACCCCAAAAGGCAGGCCACUUCCCUCAAGUCCACAAAUUUCCCUCUUGA